GCUAGAUCUAGAGCAGGAAAAAUAAAAACAAAAAAUAUUCAAGAUGCAUGCGUACUCUUGUUUUUAAGUUUUACUGCUGUAAAUCCUGAAACGAUGAGGCCAAGAAGACAUACUAAUGAGAGUCUGGAUACAAAGUCAUCAAAUGAUAGACAUAAUAGUCAAAUGCAUAGAUCUUAUGCUCCUCAUUCUAACAUGCAAGAUGAUGAUUUUGACAACAUGAUGGAUCCUAACCAGCAGUAUGAGGAAUUGAGUGAGGACCAGCCCAAUAUACAAAAUCCUGGGCGAUCUUACGCAACUCCAUAUUUGGAAGACAAAAUGAGACGCAAGCUCAAAUUUUAUUUUAUGAAUCCUUGUGAGAAAUGGCAAGCUCGGAAACGGUUUCCAUGGAAACUCUUGAUGCAAGUCAUCAAACUCAUUGCAGUGACUUUACAGCUGGUCUUGUUUGGUUACGACAGAACGUCUCAUGUGACAUUCCUGGAGAAGAAUGUGGUUACAUUCCAACAUUUGUAUCUGAAAGGCUGGGAUAUAUCAUAUGAGACCAUGCCCUACCCACCUUCUCAUGGUGUAUUUGCAGUUUAUGAACACGAUGAGUUGUUUAGAAGUAUAGAUUAUACAUUGGAAAAGUAUAAUGACACAAAGGCGAUAGCUCUUGGUUCCUACGACUUUGUUGCUGUGAAUGGAAGUAAACCAGACCCGAAGUUAUGCAUCACUCGGUAUAAACAUGGAGAAAUAUGGGCCUUUAAUGAAAGUUUUUACUUCAAUAACAAGAAAGUGUACCAGUGCACAGAUUUAUCAGCUGUUCAGAAACACAAUGCUUCUACAAACAGUACGUACAUGGCCUUUGACACCAAACAGUUUCUUGCGGACAACAAUGCAUCUAUCAACUUUGAUAGGAUGAUAAAGUUGGAGUUAAUGUUCUCUUUAAAGAGUGUACAUCUACGAACAUUGUCUCCCUUUAGAGAACCCGAUUGCUUCCAAUUUGAUAUUGGGAUUACUUUUGACAACAGUGGCCACAAUGGUCAGAUUGCAGUGACGCUGUUAGCCACUGCAAUUCACCUAGAGUGUCAUGGUAAGAUUGCUAAUGGAAAUAAUCUGGAUCAAGCAACAGAGGUCGGGUAUGCCGUGUUUGAUGUCUUCGUUAUCUUCAUAAGUUUUCUCUCACUUAUUCUCUGUACCAGGUCUAUCAUCAGAGCACAAAUCUUAAAAAAGGAAUGCAAGGAGUUCUUCAAGAAGCAGUUUAACAAAGAACUUGAUGUCUGGGACUUAUUAGAGUUCCUCAACAUGUGGUAUGUCAUGAUUGUCAUCAAUGACAUCCUAACCAUCGUUGGCUCCAUCUUUAAAAUACAAAUAGACUAUAAGGGUUCCCAUGACUAUGAGACGUGUGGUGUCUUAUUAGGUACAGGGAGUAUGCUUGUAUGGUUUGGGGUACUGAGAUACCUGGGUUUCUUUGAGCAAUACAAUAUAUUAGUGCUUACCAUGAAAAAGGCCACACCAAAUAUUUUACGUUUCUUGGUGUGUGCAGCAGUAUUUUAUUUUGGUUUCACAUUUUGUGGCUGGGUGGUUCUGGGACCUUACCAUGUGAAGUUCCGCACCCUGAGCGCAACUUCAGAAACAUUGUUUUCCCUGGUAAAUGGAGAUGACAUGUUUGUGACAUUUUCUGCAAUCACGACAGAAAACCGCCCUAACCUUAGCAGGUCAAUGUGGCUCUACAGUCGCAUUUAUCUCUAUGCGUUCAUAUCUUUGUUCAUUUACGUAGUGCUAAGUCUCUUUAUUGCUGUCAUUAUGGACACAUAUGAGACAAUUAAGCAUUAUUACAACAAUGGUUUCCCAAAGAGCCGCCUCUUUGAGUUUAUCGGGGAGUGUGAGGAUGGACCAGACUGCCCUCUAUACAGAUCGGAAGACCAAACACAAGGUUGCAGCUGUUGGACCUUUCUCUGCUGCUGUAAACACUUAAGGGAUCCUGAUGAACCGAAUGAACACUCACAUCUGAUAAGAACCUGAGAAGUGAAGCUCUAUAAUUUUAAGAUAGAGAAAAUACAGGAUAAAUGGAGACCAACGAUCUUUUACAAAACCAGCACUUUUCUACUUGGCAUCUUGUACUUUGUGAUGAAAUACAAAAGCCAUCAACUGUAAAUAAAAUGAAUCUAGAAACUGUUGCAAUUAGUGAGAUGCUAAGCCCAUUUUCAAGUCACCCUGCCUUGCCUAGAAACAAUAUCAAAAUUUAGUUAGAUCACUUAAAAGUUUCAACAUAAGCAAACCAUUAUGAAUGCCAUUGUUUCUUUGUAGUUUUGACUGGUGCAAUAAUUAGAAGCAACAAACCUUGAAUGAGAUAGAUUUAAAUGAAUGUAUGAAGAUUUAAAUGAAUGUAUGAAUACAUCUGGUUUCUUAAAAACGUUAGGAAUAAGCUGCAUUCACCUCCAGUCUGUUUAGCUUUUAGUUACUUGCUUUGCUCUUACUGAAGACUAAUCAAGGCAGAUGUUCAGUACAGUAUUUUAUAGAUUACAUGUACCUAGUACAUAAAGUCAUCAUUUUGUUUUUAGUACAAUAUAUUAUAAAUAUAUACAUGUAUAUGGUACCUAUGAGUUUUAAGUAAAAUGAGGUUUUUAUAUGCAUUUUUGCCUGUUAACCAAUCAGUUUUGAGGAAAUUUUGUCCCAAGUCAGGCUUGAAAAUUUUGAAUGUUUGGUUCAUAAAACUGGUAACAGAUAUUUCUGCAAUUUGAUAUUGUGAAGAAAUGCAGUGAUAUUUCCUCAUUGAUUUUAAUCUGCAUUAUUAUGAAAUUAUGUAUCAUUUAUUUUUAAGGUUUUUAAAAUAAAUCGUAUUUUUGCACUACUUGAUGUAUUUAUAACAUACUUAACCAAAAUCAAUUUCUCUGCCAAGUCAUAUGAGAGUGAUUCUUUAUUAUGAAGAUUUAAGUAUGUUAUAAAUUUAUUUAAUUUCAUUUAAAAAUUGAAUUUUAGGUAUUACAUGUACUAGUACUACAGUAGAUAGGUUGUUGCACAUACCAUGACACCCUCACCUCCUUUCCUCACUGAGAUUGGGUGUAAACCAGUCAUCUCUAAACGAUACAAUUUAAAUUAACUUGCACCUAGCAGAACUGCAGAAAACACGGAUGUUCAUGCUAUAGAUGCUUUUAUCAUUUUUUGCAUUUCAAUGAAAUAUAACUUAUCUUACUUAAGAUACUUUAAAUGUUUACUUGUAUUGUUUUUAACAAUAUUUUAAUAUGGGCUAAGUGUAAAUAUAUUCAAGGUUCUACUAAUUGAUGGACCAAUCCGAAACACAGAAGGACAGAUAGACAUAAGCCAUAGUAUACAGAAAUAUGAACCGGUACUAAAGAUCAUCUGUACCAUGUGCUUCAAGAUUGAUAUUUACAGAAAAAGCAUGUAUCAACGUUUUAAUUCAAUGGCCUUCAAUUGCAAGCUAUUAUGGAUUUUAAAGAAUCGGGGCAUAUCAAGAUCAGCUUUAAAGGGAUUGCACAUUUAAGCUUCAUUUUGAAAUACCAGCAUAAUGGUAAAUACUUUUCACUCUGUAUUGUUAUUGUACAUAUUAGAGGGAUCAACUUUGUGAAUUAAAAAAUAUGUACUGUAUUU